AUGACAGAUCUGGGAAGCGCCGAGUGGGAGAGAUCCAAGAUCUCAGCCCAAGAUAUCAACAUGCUAAAGAAGAUGGGCUUCAGCAAGAAGGAGGACUCUCUCCAGUUCCCCAAGGAAGAAAGCUACCCGAAAUCUCCAAUCGACUACCGGGCCGAAGAGUUGGCUGCUGCCAAGCGCCAGCUGGGCAUCACCCAGCGUGAGUUCGAGCACGCCCAUGGCUUCACGCCAGGCGGCAACAACCCCAGCCGAGCCGGCAUAAUCCGCAAGCACGGAGGCGGCCUAGGCGCUGAGAUCGAGCGCGACGGCGUGGAAGCGCCGGCUCCGUCCGCGGAGCUGCCCAUCUACAACACCCCCGACAAGAACAUCCUCGCAGCCGAAGCGGCUUCGAAGAAGCUAGCCCUCCUCGAAGGAGAAGAGCUGCGCCGCCAGACGCAGCGCGUAGCUGACCUGUGCCGGGCUGCGGCUGAGCAGACCAAGGACCCCAGGUAUGGUGCUUCGAAAGCUCCUCCCGUCCGCGCUGCUGCGGGCACCGGCAAGGACCACCACAGGGACACGGCCGAAUCCGCCUCGCCCGCACCAAGCCGGCACAGAGACUCCCGCGACACCCGCGCAGGUUCAAGCCGAACAAGCCGGCUGGACGGCGGCCACAGCGGCCGCAGCCGCCCACCACCACACCGGAACGAGGAGAACGACUCCGAGCUGGCGGCGCCAAGGACCAUCCUGUCCUUGUUUCUCUUCCUCCUCUUCCUGAAAGUGGAGAGGUUGAAGACCCCUCUAAUGAAGGAAUUUAUUCGUCUUGGUACCCAAUUUGUCGGGUACCGUGACUAUUCAAAGAAGUUGGAAGGAGAUCUUGCGGAGGCCAACAAACGUGCUACCGCUCUUGCUGUCAAGUUAGAGCAAAGCGAAAGAGCCCGCGAGAAAGCUGAAAAAGAUGUUGCCGCCAUUGAAGAUCUUCGAAAGAGGCUUCAUGACGCAGAAAGUUCCUUGAGCGAGAAUAUAUCUCGGCAAUCCGCUCGAGAAGCAGAGAUCCUCGCUCGCUUCGAGUCGCAGAGUCGACGUUUUGUCAGGAGAACUCAUCAAGACUACGAAGUUGAGGGUCCUGAAGGCGACGAGCUUCUUGAUGCGCUGACCCUUCUUGAGAUUCAUGGGGAUGAAGCACGCGACGGCAUUGAAAACGCUGAGGCAGGUCUAUCGAAGCUUUUCCCCUACUUCUUCCCGAAGAAAGAGAUCCCCAUUACUUUUAUUGACCUCGCCAAAGCCUUCAAUGGGCAGGAAGAUCUUGGACUGAAGCUUCGCCAAGAGGGUCUGAAGAUUGGCGUUGAGGGCACCGUUGCACUGAUCGCGAAUAGUCAGCAAAACAUCGACUGGGCCAAGGGGUGGAUGGGCGCUGGCGGCAGGGUGGCCGUGCGGCGCGGCAAGAUGGACGACGACGAUGAGGAGUACGUGGCGGACGAGGACGAGGACGAGGUGGAGGAGGACGAUGCGGAGUACGUCGCGGCCGCCUGCUCCGACGAGGACGAGGAGGAGGCGGAGGACGAGGACUUCGAGAUCGAGGCGCCGCGCCCGCGCCCACGCCCGAGGCGGCGCCCGGCGCCAAAGGCCCGCGGCCGGGGCAGGAAGCCGGAUUCGUCCUCAUCCGACGACGAUUUCGACGAGGACCUGGAGAUCGAUCCGCCGCCGCGCGCCAAGCCCAAGCCCAAGAGGAAGCGUGCGGCGGCCAAGCCUCGCGCCCGAGCCAGCAGGAAGCCGAGGCCGCGCCGGGAGGACGACGAUGAUUCAGACGCCGAUUCCGACGAGGACGAGGAUUUGGACGACGAGACGUUCCGGAUCGAGGCGCCGCGGCCCAAGCGCCCCGCCAGGGUUAGCGCCCGACGCAAAAAGGUGAAGAGGCCGCGGGAUGAGUCAGACGAGGACGAGGGUUUCGAGAUCGAGGCGGCACCGCGGCAUUGGCGUACGGCCAGGGCUCGCUCCCGAGGAGGUAGUAGUAGGAAGGGGAAGCCGCGUGAUGUUUCUGACGACGAGGAUUUCGGCGAGGACGAGGAACUGGGGGACGAGGGUUUCGAGAUCGAGGCAACCCGACAGAGGCGUCAGGCCACGGCCCGCUCCCAAGGAGGCAGGAACAGGAAGCCGAGUCAUGAUUCUGAUGAGGAUUCCGGGGAGGACGAGGAACUGGAGGAUGAGGAUUUCGAGAUCGAGGAGGCACCACGGCAGAGGCGUCCAGCCACGGCUCGCUUCCGAGGAGGCAGGAAGGGGAAGCCGCGUGAUGAUUCUGACGAGGAUUUCGGCGAGGACGACGAACUGGAGGAUGAGGAUUUCGAGAUGGAGGUACCGCGGCAGAGGCGUCCGGCCACGGCUCGCUCCCGAGGAGGCAGGAAGAAGGAGCCGCGUGAUGAUUCUGACGAGGAUUUCGGCGAGGACGACGGUUUGGAGAUCAUCGAGGCACCACGGCAGAGGCGUGGCGGGAAGGGGAGUCAGGAGGAGGACGAGCCUGAUGCGGAUUUCGCGGGGGAGGAGGAAGAGUCGGAGGACGAGGUGCUGGAGAUCGAGACACAGCCAGCUGAGGUUCAUUCCCCUGUCACGACAGGACAACACGACGAUGACUCUGAUGCAGAGUUCAACGGAGAAGAGGAGUUGGAGGACGAGGGUUUGGAGACGGAGAUGCCACAACCUGAGCAUCGAAAUGGGAGGCAUGAUGACGAGUUUGAUGAAGAUUUCUGCGAGGAGCAGGAGGAACCAGAGGAUCAGGAAGCAGAUGAGGAGUUGGAGACCGAGACGCUGCAGCUGACGUUGGAGACCGAGACGCUGCAGCUGACGCAACCAGUCGAGGGUCCUGGUUGGGGCAGGAAGAGAAAGCCGACAGGAUCUCGACGGCCCAGACACGAGGAUGAUGAUGACUAUGAGGAGGAGAUUGAGGAUGAGGACGAAGACUUCGACCCGGAGGUGGAUGAAGAGGAGGACAACGAGGAGGAAGAGGUUGCAGAAGACGAUGAGGAUUUGGAUGAAUAUGCCCCGACUCGCGCCAAAAAUGUUAGGCCUAGGAACCACUUGGCCAAGCGGAAGCCGGUGGCGGGGCGCCAGCAUCGUAAGAGGAGGAGCGGUUCCAAGGGAAAGGCAAGGAAGGGCACGUCAGCACAUCAGCGGAGAAGGAAACAAUGGGUGGCUGAUGACGAGGAAGAAGAAGAUGAUGAUGAUUUUGUUGUUGAGGACGACGUGGAGGUAGAGGUGGAUUACCAGCCAAGGAAGAAGGCUAAGGUUGCGGGGGAUGAUGGCACAACAGAGCCACUUGCUGUUGGAGAGUCAUGGCCAUCGGUUGAGUCAGACACAUCAGAAUUCGAGUUUGUGACAUCUGAGGAGGAAGAUGCCAAGAAUGAAGAACCGAUUGCUGCUGAGUCUGUGAAGAUCAAGAGGAAGAAGGGCAGAAGGAAGAAGGGUUCUGAGUCAGACUCAUCCUCGGAUUCUGAUUAUGUCAUAUCAGAGGAGGACCUUAAGGAUUUGGGGGUACCUAGGCCCCAAGAGACAGUGCCACAGCCUCUUCUACACACAGCACGGCGGACCAUUGUUCCAAGGAGGGUUGAUGAGAAGGGGAAAGAGCCAGAGGACGCUUUGAAACAGAUAUGUGGGAUCUGCCUCUCAGAGGAGCAGAGAGCCACAAUACAGGGGGUGCUUAAUUGCUGCUCACACUACUUCUGCUUUGCAUGCAUCCUCGAGUGGUCAAAGGUGGAGUCCAAGUGCCCAUUGUGUAAAAGGCGUUUCAACACAGUUACCAAGUCAUCAGUGGCAGAUGUAGGAUCAGGGUUGAGAAAUGCUGCUAUUAGGGUAGAAAAACGCGAUCAGGUAUACCAGCCGACUGAAGAAGAAAUGAGGCGUUGGUUAGAUCCAUAUGAAAAUGUUGUAUGCAUAGAGUGCAAUCAAGGUGGUGAGGACAAUCUCAUGUUGCUGUGUGAUAUUUGUGAUUCCUCUGCACAUACUUUUUGUGUUGGUCUGGGAAGAGAAGUACCAGAAGGGAACUGGUAUUGUGGUGGAUGUAGAUUCAGUGUGGAGGGGUCUUAUGCACAAACACAGGAUAGAGUGGUUCACCGUGGAGAAAGUAAUAUGAACACUGCUGACGGCAGUUCUAGUUCAUUUGGCAGAACUGUAUCGAGUGGGGUAUUCCAGAGACCACCACCACUAAACAUUGAUCAGCCUUCUUUGCAAGGGUUUGAUCUGAAUCUCUCUCCAAUAGAAACCCCUGAUGAAGAUAAGCGAGCUGAGUCACAUGUCCUAGCUGAACCUGUAUCGACCCCUACAGGGAGACACGCAACUCUGGAUAGGAGGCGUGCCUUGAAUCGACGUAUUCGUAUUCUUCUAUUUAGACCUAGGACUGCAACCGCGUGGCAGAAUGGCCUUCAGCAUGACAGAACCACACCAGGAACUGAGCAAAAUCAACAGAGCACCUGCACUUCUACAGAAGAUAGCCCAUCCUGUUCCAGGGCUGAUUUGUUGCAGAGCCAACAGAGUAGCUCACAUUUUGUUCAGUCUACAAGCAAUCUUACUCAGUGCACCUAUGAGGGUGGAAACAAUUUCCGGGAAGUAGAAAAUGCCAAGGAGCAGCUGAUUCCUAUUGUCAAGAAGAGCAUCAAGCACAUUUGUGCUCAGUCCCCAUUGGAUCAAUCUUCUUUCAUGAAUGUAGCACGGCGAGCAACAAAUACUAUCUUAGCAUUGUCUGGGAUUGAGCACAACAGGGAUAGGGUUGUUACUACACCUUUUCCUUUUCCUAGCCAUUGUUGUCAUGCCUGUGAUGGCCAAGAACCAGCAUUUCUCAUGAGAACUAUCUGCUCGGCAUGCUUCAACUCUUUUGUUGGCGAUGUCGUUAGUCACAUCGCAUAUAUGUUUUCGUGAAGCUGUUGCCAUGUCUCUCUCCAUUGUUGUCAUCAUUCUUUUAUAGACAGUUCACAAGAAUAUAAAACCAUGAAUGUGUUACUGAAGAUUUAAUAGCUUGAAAUAUAGUUCGUUAUCAAUUCAUUAUA